CAUAAAAAGUAAUAUUUUUUAAAAAUAGUUUAAUUGGAUGAUGUUGUUUGAUAAAUGCAACACGUCAAAUACACGUAGGCAUAACUCUUCUUAUUGAAGAGAUUUUGAAAAAAAAUGUUUGAAUUAAUAAUAUUUUGCAUUUCUUUCACUUGUUCGUAAAAUCAGAACUAGAGGAGCAACGGAAUCACAAAGUUGUUACAGUAAUGUAAAUUGAACUUGACCUUAGUUUGCAGGGUUGCAAUGUGUUUUGUCGAUAUCCUUGCAAACAAUUGAAAACAAUUAAUCAUUGCAUAUUGCGAAAUAUUUUGUAAAUAUAUUGUACAGAGGUAAUAAAAAAUAAAAAUGUUGGUAAAAUAUAUCUUUUGCUCUUAAACCUGGACCCAAAUUUGUUAACGUCUGUUUUAUGAAUUUUUCAGGGGACAUUAGUUCCAAACCAGGGUUAUGGCAAAAUGUCUAGCACUUCGCAGUUUUUAACUACUUUUCUAUAUCAUAUAUUUUAAUUCAUAAUCUGUAAUUUGUUUAAGAAAAAUAUUGAGAUGGAAGUUUGCAAAUCUGGGACUUUUUUGUGAAAAAUCCGGGAAAAUGGCUUUAACAGUACAUUUGUUAAACAACAAAUCUAACAAACAGAAAUAAUUUGAAAGAGUAUAGGCCGGUAGGAUGAGCGGCACUAGUUCCUGGUUCUUCCUCUGGGUUCCUGCAAGGGAGUUCGAGAAAGAGAAAAAUUCCAAAGAAAGGGUUGGUGAGGUAGAUCCUGAAACUAUUGGUUCUGUGGUUUCAAGGCCUGGAGCGUCUAGAGCCUGGUCCUUUAGUACUCUAAGAUCAAGGGAUGGAUCAAUAUGUCAGGGGAAACCAGCCUCUGAUCAAACACAGGACACCAGGAAACCCUACACUGAUCCUGCACAGGACACCAGGAAACCUUAUACUGAUCCUGCACAGGAAACAAGGAAACCAGGAGGGGAAGAACCCAAUACUUUAUCUAACAGGAGCAGUGAAGAGAAACCAGGAAUAAACUGUUUACCCGCUAUUCAGGAGGAUGUAAACUCUCAAAAAUCUGACUCAGCUGGAUCCACGAGCCAUCUAAUAAAAGAGGAGAAGAAACGAAAGAAGUAUGACAGCUCUCAUGUACAAGACGUGGAGAAACUAGAAAAUCCGGGGAAAAGUUUUAAAAUCAGAUAUGUACCAGAAGAGGAAUUAAAUCAAACAGAAGAAACCCCCUCUUCCAGUUCAAUAACAACAACUUCAACCGUAACUACAAGUGCUGGAAGCUUGUCUGCUGUUCUUUCAGCAAACCCUCAAACAUCGAUAUCAAUGUCAAACUUUGAUGAAUCAAUUCACUUUGAUCUUUCAGCAUCUAAAUCAUCACCUACUAAUCCAACUGCAGAACCAUACUUUGUAUCACCAUCAUUCUCAAGCAGAGCAUCACCCUUCUCAUUCACACCAACACCUUCAAAGUCUAAAGCAGGGUCAAUAUUGUCAGUCAGAGAUUCAUCUUCAUCAGAUGUAUCUUCAGCUUCCUCUUCUAUUCCGACAAUAUCUUCAGUAUUUACAUCAGCCUUCUCAAAUAAUAAAGUAGCACCUGCCACAGAAACAAUAUCUUUUAAAGCAAUGGGAUCAGCACAAGUUACAUUUUCAUCACCUUCAUCAGCAGACACAGAGUCUACUCUUGUUGAAGACAGUUUUCUCAAAUACGAAGAUAGUGAUGAGGAGAGUUUAGACGGACACACAACUAUAAAAACCAAAGAUGACAGAGGAAGCCUUUUUGAGAAAUCUACAAUGUCUUUCUUAGAGUUAGAACCAAUGCAGGAUGUUUGUGAAAACAUUUUAAAGAAACUAGAAAUCACACCAGUCACAGUUCAGCCCAGUAUUGACAACAAACAGGUUCUUUUUACCUUUGUUGUUCCAUAUGAUUUGGUGGAGGCAGUUCUACUGGAGUUCCAAAACCAGGGUAUUGGUAGUACUGGAGAAUCUACUAUUAGUGUUGUUCCCUCUGGUAUUCAUUUCUCUACACAGGAGAACUAUGAUAUUGAUAGUAAAGAAGAAGAGGAUGAUGAUUUUGAGAAGUUUUACACGAGUGUAAAAUCACGUCUCUUAGUAGCUGAAGUUAUUGCUAGAAUUCAGGCUGGUGCUGAGUUCUCAUUUGAUUUCCUACUUCUAUUGUUGUUAGCUGGAGCAAUAUCUUUCAUGGGUUUAGUUGAGAACUCUAGUGUGGUUCUAGUUGCUUCUAUGCUUGUAUCUCCUCUCAUGGGACCUAUUCUAGCAGGAAUAUUUGGUUGUGUGAUCCAUGACACUGCUCUGAUAAGAAAAGGAAUCCGUCACGAGGUGUUGGCACUUCUAAUCUGUAUUCUCCUUGGACUAGUUCUAGGUCUAAUCAUCUCACCACUCUCACAGAUCUACGGGUGUCCUCAGUAUCCAACUCCAGAAAUGCUUUCACGUGGAGAACUUCGAUCUCUUCUGGUUGGUGUUUUAAUUGCCACGCCCAGUGGAGCAGGCGUGGCACUGUCUGUACUCGGCGGGAAUGCUGGAUCUUUGGUGGGUGUGGCAAUUUCUGCCUCUCUCCUCCCUCCAGCUAUUAAUUGUGGAAUGUUCUGGUCGUUAUCUAUUGUAAUACUUAUAGCAGGUCAGGUUGGCCAUGGAAACAGACCAUUGUUCCAUGGAUUUGGAACAGCUGUUGAUCCUGUGAGUAACCUGACAGUAUCACUGUAUGAAUUCAGAUAUUCAGAAAAUCAAGCUUUAGAAGCAUUUCUACUCGGACUAACAAGUUUAGCGCUGACUCUGACUAAUAUUCUCUUCAUAAUUGUGACUGGGGUUUUUAUUCUUCAUGUCAAGGAAGUGACUCCUGAGAAAAUUCCCCAAAAGUUUUCAGAUUUUUGGAGAAAAGACGUGAAAGCUCACAGGAAUUAUUACAAGACCCUUUCUAAAGAAGAUCAUCAAACUAUUCUAAACGAACUACAGAAAAUGGGAAUCGCUAAGCGUGAAGAUGAAGGUCUUGAAGGAACCUUUCUACAGAACAUGUUUGAGGUAGAUGCUGAGGUUGACAGGAUAAAUAUCAAGGAUUGGGUUACAGUCCCCCCUUCGACACUUCCAAACCAAUCAUAUCAUAAAACUAAAGUUCGGCAGACUGUUCACAGGUUAAAAAAGAAGCAUAAACAUCACAGGAAGCAAUUUGCUAAAAGUAUCUCAAUGACGGAGAAUAGGAGUUCGUUGAGAAUGUUUGUUUUUGAGAAACCUCUUUGAUCUUCACAGCACUUAAAUCUGAAAUAAUACGAAGAAAGAGUAUAUAGAGAACAGUUUGGACAUUUCUACUAUUUAAUUUGGUUGACCUUACAGCUUCAAUUUUUUAAAUUUAGAAUUCCAGGAUCCGUUCCAAAAUAUUGCAAAAGAUGAUUUCCAAUCAAUUUUACUAUAAGAAAUAUAUAUCCAACCUAUUUUUUAAAGAAAGGUCAAAAUGCUCAGAAAUUUGAACAAAUAUUAUGUAAUCCUAUAAUACCACAUUUGUGUGAUUUAUUGUACAGUGCAUACGUGUUAAUAAGGUAGGGGGACACACAAAGGGGGUUAAAAUAAAUUAUUUCUUGGGUAA